CCGGCCGGCGGCGGCGUGGUCCCGUCUCGCUUACGCUAGUCGAUAAGAGAUGGCGCGCGGUGUCGGAGCUUCUCUAGCCGGCUGGCUGCUCCUGCUGUCUUGCGCGCGGCUGGGGGCGUCCGCCUCCACGGAGUUCGGGCCCCAGGUCGCCGCCACGAAGGGCGAGGUGUGGCCCAAGCCCAGCCGACAGGUCUACUACGACGGCUACCUGGUCGUCAGGCCGUCCGUGUUCACGUUCAAGGUGACGGGCCACACGUGCGCGCUGCUGCAAGAGGCGCUGCAGCGCUACUCGGCGGUGCUGCGCGCCCACGUGGCCUCCGGGGGCGGCGCCCCGGGCAGGUCCUCCUGGCGGCACCAGCCCCGGGUCCAGUCCCUGGGCCAACUGCAGGUCCGACUGAUGGCGGCCUGCGCCUCCGAGCCCAGCCUCCACAUGGACGAGCACUACGAGCUGCGCGUGAACAGCCCGGACCUGCCUGGAAGCGGCCUGCUGACCAGCCAAUCAGUGUGGGGGAUCCUCAGGGGCCUCGAGACGUUCUCCCAGAUCCUGCACCGGGACGAGUCCGGCAAGGCGCUGAGGGUGAACAGCACCGCAAUAAUGGACUUCCCCCGGUUCACCCACCGUGGUCUGCUGCUGGACACUUCCCGACACUUUCUGCCCACGGCCACCAUCAGGACCAUCCUGGACGGCAUGGAGAUGAACAAGAUGAAUGUCUUCCACUGGCACAUCGUCGACGACCAGAGCUUCCCCUACCAGAGCGACAUCUUCCCCCUGCUGAGUAAGAAAGGUGCUUAUCAUCCAAAACUCAUCUACACCCAGAGUGACAUCAAGAACAUCACGGAGUACGCUCGCCUCAGGGGCAUAAGAGUCCUACCGGAAUUCGACUCUCCAGGCCACACCCUUUCCUGGGGCCAAGGCCAGCCCGAGCUCUUGACGUCGUGCUACAAGGACGAUGAGCCAGACGGGACGUACGGCCCGAUAAACCCGAUCCUCAACUCCACGUACAAGUUCGUCCGCACGCUGUUCAAGGAAGUGGUCACCCUGUUCCCCGAUGACUACCUGCACCUCGGUGGGGACGAGGUCAGCUUCGACUGCUGGCAGAGCAACCCGAACAUCACCGACUUCAUGAGCUCGAACGGCAUCGGCAACUACUCGGAGCUGGAGCAGUACUACAUGCAGCGGGUGGUGAACAUCACCAGCGGCCUGGGGGCCAGGUCCAUAGUCUGGCAGGAGGUGUUCGACAACGGCGUGGUCAUCCCGGACAGAACCGUGGUCCACAUCUGGACCGGCGACCAGGAAGAGCACCUGGAGAAGGGGUUCGGUCGGGACUGUGCCGUGUGUCUGCUCGCCGGGGCAGGUGACGGCGGCCGGACACCCAGCUCUUCUGUCCACCUGCUGGUACCUGGACCACCUUCUGUCGGGCGGCGACUGGAGGAAGUUCUACGAGUGCGAGCCGACCAGCUUCAACGGGACCGAGGCCCAGAAGCGGCUGGUGAUGGGCGGCGAGGCGUGCAUGUGGGGGGAGGUGGUGGACGAGAGCAACGCGGUGUCCCGGGUCUGGCCCAGGGCCUCGGCCACGGCAGAGAAGCUGUGGUCCAGCGCUGACGCCGACUCGGAGGAGGGAGCGGCCCGUCGUCUGGAAGAGCACUACUGCCGCAUGAAGAGGAGGGGCGUGGGCGCGCAGCCUCCCAACGGACCCGGCUACUGCCUCUAGUCCGCUCCGAUCGCAGCGUCUCGCACUGGCUAGGGACCGGGGAAAUUUUCGAGACUUGUUCUUUGAUUCAGCACGAACCGCAAAAAUCAGAGGUGUAUGGUAAAAUAUUUGUGAUAUUAGUCAUAAGCGGGACAAGGGUCAACAGCGUUUUUGUAUUCAAAUUUUUUUUUUUUUAUUUAAGAUCUACAAAUCAUGACAGCACUGAAAACUGGAUCCUAACAUGUUUUGUUAAGGCUUGGUCGUAACAUGCAUUCUCAUUCCAUCUCUGUCAAAAUGUAUGUUUGUGCUGCUUCUAGGCUGUACCACAAAAUAAGAGAUGACUUACUCUCCUCCCCUAAAUAUUAAUAAUAAUAAUAAAAGCCCAUUGCAUACAGCACACAGUUUUUUUUUAUUUAGAAAAGUUUCAGUAUGUAACCUUAUUUUAGUGAAAAAUAAAUUGUAUGAAUGUGAAACAUUACAGAAUUGUGUGAAAUAAUCGUGCUCUGUGUACUAUUAUAUACGUCAUACAAUGUAUGACCACAUUAAUUGCUGAUAAUAAGAUGUUUUAAAGGCUGCAAAAGUUUGAAUUUUAGUUUUCUGAAUACGGAAGCCGAAAAUGGAAUCAAACAAUAGUCAUAGUUGAAAGUCGUGCUACCAUUGGAGAAGACCAACCCCAAAAUUAAAUUCUUACCACGGCACUCACAGAGAUGAUUUAAUGCCUAUCAAAAAUGAGUUCCAGAGAGAGUGCUUUUCACUUGGCAUUUGGACAUCAGCUGAUGUCGUCGAACCACGAAAUUUUCUUGUCCUUAUUCAUUGCUUAUGUUGACAGGUACCCUGGUGAAGGUAUAUUUUGCUAUAAACUUCCCUAAAAAUGUUUAAGGAACUGGUACAUAAUAUUGAGCAUUAAUAUGUAAACUGUAUCAAUGUUAUGGUAAUCAUGAUUGUAACCAGGGGUGCAACAACAGGGGGGGGGGGGGGGGGCAAGUGUAUUAUGCCCCCUCUCUGGAACCUUGAAGUGGGGGCAAACGGGGGCAAAGAAAGUGCUGUGUAAUCAAUUUUUAGAUAAUUAAACUGCUUAAAUAACACCAUUUUCCACCUUAAAAUACAAAUUUUCCCGGGGGAGGACCCCCCACUUAAUAGGGGGGAUCGAUGAUUCUUUAUAAAAAGGUAUAUUGCCCCCCCUUUGGAAAUUUAGUUGUUGCGCCCCUGACUGUAACCAUCAUAACAUAGCUUUCUCAAGGAAGCCAAAAACUCAUAUCAAAGCGCAAUUUGAAUAUGUAUGUCAUAUUUUAUGAUGAGUUGGAUACUUUUUUUUUUAAAGAUAUGUAAAAUUUCUGGGGAAAAAUAAUUAUGUAUAAACAAUUUGUAAAAUUUUUCUGUUGCUUGUGAAAAGUGAUAAGAUUUGUCAUAAUAUUGUUAGUAGAUGUUACUUUUACCUAUUAAAUUUUAUAGCAAUACCAA